AUGGCUAAGAAUAACCUCACAACAGUAACCAGGUUUGUUCUCAUGGGCUUUAUUGACCUGCCUAAGUGGGAGGUCCCCCUUUUUCUGGUAUUUCUCAGCCUCUAUCUUAUCACCAUUUUGGGAAACUUGGGCAUGAUCAUUCUUAUACAGGUGGAUAUACAACUUCACACCCCAAUGUAUUUCUUCCUGAGCCAUCUCUCUUUGUUGGAUGCUUGCUACACCUCAGUUAUCACCCCACAGAUCCUGGCGACACUGGCCAAAAACAAACUGGUCAUCUCCUAUGGUCAAUGUGCUACCCAAUUCUUCUUCUUCACCAUCUGUGCAGCUACUGAAUGUUUCCUGCUGUCUGCAAUGGCUUAUGAUCGCUAUGUUGCUAUUAACAACCCACUGCUCUACACUGUAGCCAUGAGUCCUAAAAGAUGCUGGAGUUUGGUGGCUGGAGCCUAUGCUGGUGGGUUGUUUGGGGCCAUCUUAAGAACCACAUGCACGUUUUCCCUCUUCUUCUGUGAAGAUAAUCAAAUCAAUUUCUUCUUUUGUGAUCUCCCACCCCUGCUGAAGCUGGCAUGCAGUGACACAACAAAUAUUGAAAUUAUAAUUGUCUUUUUUGGGAACUUUGUCAUUUUGGCUAAUGCUUUGGUCAUACUCAUUUCCUACUUGCUCAUCAUCAAGGCUGUCAUAAAGAUGAAGUCAGGUAGCAGAGGUAAAACAUUCUCUACAUGUACCUCCCACCUCACUGCUGUGGGUCUUUUCUUUGGGACCCUCAUUUUUAUGUACAUACGGAGCAGCUCAGGCAAAUCCCUAGAGGAAGACAAGAUAGUAUCUGUCUUCUACACAGUGGUCAUCCCCAUGUUGAAUCCUCUUAUCUAUACUAUGAGAAACAAGGAUGUGAAGGCUGCCUUCAGAAAGGUUACUGGUAGAUUCCAGGUGUCUCAAGCUUUGCAAAAUUGA